AUGAAGAAUCUCAAUGCUUUUGCGUUUCCAUUUUUCACAACAAUCUUACUACUUGUAUCUAACGUUGAUGGUCAGUUGGAACCUAAGCCUCAACGCCCCUUAUGUGUCUCUCAACUUGCACUAGUGAACUAUGCGUGUGGAAACAUACAGCUAACACCACCUGUUGCCUCCCAUCCCUUCACUGUUGUCUUCACCGAUGACGAUAGCAAUCACCGGCACAGACACGAACAUGGUCAUAGACACGGGCAUGGACAUGGGCACAGCCACUCAGGAAUAUUAAUACAUGAAGAUAAUUGUUGCCGGUGGCUGAAUAAUAUGGAUGAUGAAUGUGUAUGUGAGUUGCUGGCUCACCUGCCACCCUUCCUUUCAAGGCCUUGGCAUGAAUACGCUGUCAAAGUUCAUGACUCUUGCCGUGUUUCUUACACAUGUGGAUUUAAGUGA